AUGCCAUGGAUAGUGACACAGUGCACAGCAAGACUAGAAUCUUGGCUCAAAAUUCUGAGUCCAGUAAACCAAGAACUAAAUCAAGAUUUGCACUUCAAGAAAAUUGAUGAAUUGGGACUUGGAGUUCCGGUUUUCGGAAAUCCAGGAGUGAAGAUACAAUUGCAAAAAGAAGAAGAAGAACCAAGAAAGUCCUUAGAAGUGUUAGGCUUUCCAAUAACAGAAAAGGAAAGAAGCAAAAUGAGCCUUGAGAAUAAAAUAGGCAUGUUAACAUGGGAUGCGAUUGUUCCAAAAGCUGAAGAAAUUGAUGCCAUCAACAUAGAAGCAAGUUCAAAUGGAACAUAUGAGGAUGAUUAUGCAGAAAGUGAUGCAAGUUCAGACUUGUUUGAGAUUGAAAGUUUCCCAAGUAAUAAUACAGCAAAUCCAAGCCUUGUUAGACAGGGUUCAGAUGGAAUGUCAUGUUAUGCUCCAAGUGAAGUUAGCAUUGAUUGGAGUGUUGUCACUGCUAGUGCAGCUGAUUUCUCUAUAAUGUCUGAUUCAGAAGAGCUCAAAAUUGGAGCAAAUUCCAAUAGAAUUGUCCAUAAUGGAAGAGAAACAACAGGGAGAGACAAAUCGAAACGUCGUUCGGGCAUUAUUUUGGGAUGUAACAAUCAUAAAGCUGUAGGAGUUGUUGGAGAUGCAUAUAAAGUUAGUGAAAAAACAUCAAUUGAGAUGCCUCAGAGGAACUUCAAGACUCAUGAGCCUAUUAUGCCAAUGACAAGAUUUCAUGCUGAGAGCAAAUUGACUCGAUUUGAUGCAGGAAAUAUGAAACAUGAUUUUAAUACAAGAUCAUUCUCUAGCACAUAUACUGGACGUCCUGCAGAUUUCUUGUAUAUUUAGAAGUGAAAAAUUAUGUUAUGUGACUUUAGUAUUUCCAGUAUUUAGCAAUGCAGUUGAAGAAUAAAUUAAACUAGUUAGGAUUAUUUUUUUUAGUUCUUGUUUUUCUUCUAGUGUGUAAUCUGAGAUUCACAGUUUUAAGUGUUUUUGUUGUGAAUUAAAUUGUCUAAAGGUAGAUACAUCUAGUUGAUUUUGUAUUUGUGUUAUUGGCUUAUUACCAAAGCUAAUGUAACUGAAUAAUGAUAUUGUC